AUGCCGGAAACAGACCGGAAUGACUGUAAGGUAUGCCGUAAGUCAAAUAACCUGGACAACAUGGUGUUCUGCCCGCGGUGUGAGGAGUGGUUUCACUACCAGUGCGCUGGAGUCAACGAAUCCGUUGUGGAUCGAAGCUGGGUAUGUGGGAAUUGUUCGAUUCUGCCACCAGUCGACCCGCCGGGACAAACGAGUACUCCGGUGAGUAGUAUAGCCAUCGGGCCAAUCCCGUCCUCCAUUAGCCAACCCGCGAGCAGCGUGCCGUCCAGAAUUUCAUUGCCAACCAUAGUUCCCGCCCCAGUGGAUGGACAAUCAAUUCUUACCGAGCAGGCUAGGGCGAGCCUCCAGUGGAUCCAGGAGCAGCGAGAGAUAUUAGAGCGAGAAAUGGAGGAGAAUUACAAGCAGGAAAUGGAGCGAAAACGCCUGGAAUUGAAGAAGCUGGCAAAUGAAGUGAUGAUGGGAAUAAUCGAUACUACGAAGGAUGGAUUAGCCAACAGUUUGGAAGACCAGCCGGGGGCAGCGGCGGCAGGUGUCAGCAAAGUGCAGAACUGGAUGCAACAAAUGGUCGGCGAGAUGAAGAACCUCUCGGUAGCCCAAUCAUUUGGAAGACCAGAGGUGCCAACGACGAGCGUGCCUAUGUUCGACAUCAGUUCUGUUCCGACAACCAAUUUGAGUGUGUUUGAUCCGACUUCGUCGUCAACGCUUCACGGAGUUCCGGACAGGUCAGCGGUUGCUCCUACGACAACGUAUCCAUCAGUUCAUCUCAGUUCAGCAGCAUUCAUUCAGUCACAAUUGAGUAACUCAGUGAAUCCCUCUCCCGUUCCAACCUCUUCAGCUCCUCCAGCCACGAUGGUACCGCCGCAAUUAGCAAGUGGUGCACAGUCUGAGUUCGAUACCUUCGGGAGACUGGCAACUGCACCCAGAGGACUGGCUAGUCGAGUGCCAAACAUAUCCGGGUUGGGAGUCAACAUUCCAACGAAUGUAGUGACAGCUUGUUCCGUGAUGCCAGCAGUGGGCUCUAAUUAUCCGGGGGUUUCAUUGUGUCCUGCUACUUCAGGGAUAGGUAACACAUUCUCACUCUCGACAAGACAGCCUCCCAAUUAUAUUGGACCGCUGCCCAAUGAGAGAGCUCCAGAGGUACAGUCUGUAGCUUUCCCAGCGUCUAGGCCAGGGGUGGCAUUGGAUGGGAGGAUGAUAAGCAGCGGACAAUUUUUCCAACAACAACCACUACCGGGGCUUGCAUCGAAUAUCGGAGUGGCCGGUGGAUUUCCGAACGUACAAAAUAACACUCCAGUACAGCCAAGGCUUUACGAUCCUGUGGGACAGCAUCUGGCUCCCACUCAACACCAAUUGAUGGCAAGACAGGUCAUGCCCAAGGACCUCCCUUCUUUCAGGGGGGAUCCUGAGGAUUGGCCGCUCUUCUAUAGCGCUUAUGUUAACUCGACAACGGCGUGUGGCUAUACCGAUGUUGAAAACUUGGCCAGACUGCAACGAGCGUUACAGGGAAGGGCGUUGGAAGUUGUCAAAAGUCGUUUGCUGCUUCCAGCGUGUGUACCACACGUCAUGAACACACUCUAUAUGCUGUUUGGGCGUCCUGAACUGAUAAUCCAGACAUUGUUGAAUAAAAUUCGCGAUGUCCCUCCGCCAAGAGCCGAUCGAUUAGAUACCCUGAUCUCCUUUGGGAUGGCCGUUCAGAAUUUGUGUGACCACUUGGAGGCGGCGGGGCAAUUGGCUCACUUAUGCAAUCCGACUCUGCUACAGGAAUUAGUGGAGAAGCUUCCAGCUCAACAGCGCUUGGAUUGGGCACUGUAUAAACGCCAGUUUGUUGCAGUUGACCUACGCGCGUUUGCCACCUAUAUGUCUACAUUGGUAGCGGCGGCCUCGGAAGUCACGGUGCUUGCGGACACCAAACAUUUGCGACCAGCCAAAGUGGGUUCAGCGAAAGAGAAGAAUUUUCUUAACGCGCAUUCAGUACCCGAGCCAGCGAAGAAGGAAGUUAAGGAGGAAUACAUCCCGAUGGUCCUGUGCUUGGCGUGCAACGGCGCUGGCCAUAAGGUCAAGGACUGUGCCGUCUUCAAGAAGUGGGGGCCUGAGAGCCGAUGGAAGACAGUUCAAGACCAUCAUCUGUGUCGGACGUGCUUGGGGAAACAUGGGCGUCGUCCGUGCAAAUCGCAGGCGUGCUGUGGCAUCGAAGGCUGUCAGCAGCGGCAUCACCAGCUGCUGCACACACAGUUUCAGAAACAGCAACAACCAGCCGAAUCAAAACCAAAGAAUCCAAGCAAAGGCCCUGUGGAAGGUGUGAACGCUCAUCAUACAGAGGAGAAAUCGACGCUGUUUCGAAUCCUUCCAGUAAGACUGUUCUGGAAAGGUAAAUCGGUGGAGACGUUCGCUUUCCUGGAUGAUGGAUCGUCCAUGACGCUAGUGGAGCAAUCGAUUGCGGAUCGCUUGGGAAUCAACGAUGGGGAAUCUCUACCUCUGUGUUUAACUUGGACCAGUGACGUGAACCGGCAGGUACCGAACUCCCAACGAGUUUCGCUGAAAAUCUCGGGUGCAGGGAAAGAGGAACAAUAUGCUUUGAUCGAUACCCGAACCGUUGGUAAUUUGAAGCUCCCAAUGCAAUCGUUGAAAUAUGAGGACCUGGCACGGCAGUACACCCACUUACGGGGAUUGCCAAUCAGAAGCUACGACUCAGUUGUACCAGGUAUUCUGAUCGGGUCCAAUAACGCUGGCCUUAUUGCAUCAUCGAAGCUGCGUGAGGGUCAAUUGGGUGAUCCAAUAGGAGCCAAGACGCGUCUAGGCUGGACCAUCUAUGGAUAUGCAGUCGACCGCGAGAUAGCACCAAACUUCAGCUUCCAUAUCUGUGAGUGCCACGAGGCACACAAGACGGAUCAAGAGCUUCACGACCUGGUCAAACAUCAUUUCUCUCUCGAAAAUGUGGGAGUGUCAGCAAGCCAAACUCCUGAGUCCGAUGAAGACAGGCGUGCUCGCCGAAUUUUGGAGGAGACGACGAAACGAACUUCACAAGGCUUUGAAACGGGUUUGCUGUGGCGAACCGAUUCGGUGGAUCUCCCGAACAGUUACCCCAUGGCGAUGCGCCGUCUGGAAUGCUUUGAACGGAGAAUGAACAAGGACCCGGAUUUGCAAGUCAGCGUGCACCGUCAGAUCAAAGAAUCCAAAGAAGGUUUGGUAUCUGCCAUUAGGAGUCGUGAAAAAUCCGAAGAAGCCGAAUAA